UAAUUUCUUGUCCGUAAAAGUUCCCCUCCCUUCUCCCCCUCCUCCUAUACCAUCCUCAUCCUCAGAAUUCUUUCGCGAUUUAUGUAGCCAUUAAUACGGUUUCCCCUCCCUCCAGUGUAACAUUGGCCCGUGUGAUAUAACACGCGGCACACGCACACACACAAACCGCACCGGCUUUUUUGCGAAACAUGAGGAUCCUUUUCUUGGUGUUUGUUAUUUGUGCGGUACCUCUUGGAGGUACCCGCGCCAACGUCGAAGAAGAUGAACCGCGCAGGGAUUUGGAAGAGGAUCUGAAAGACAUCAAUCAACUGCUCAUCAGGAAGUUCUUACCGUUGGUGUCGGAGUUAACGGGAAGCAGUGAAUUGUCACCGGCAUGUUCUAACAGUCUGCUGAAAGUGUUCUUGGGACUACGGCAGAAGGAUGUAUCAUCCCUCAAGAUGGUGUUAUCCAACGGUCUCAUUCCAAGCAACAUGUUUGAGAACAACUUCGUGAACUUCGGUGGCUACGAGCAGUGCCUGAACACAAGGUUCUUCACUUCUGAAGGCGCCGUCAGCUUCAAGGGAAAGUACUGCACCCUCUUCACUGAUCCCCCCAGAGACGACUUUGUGAAACUUAUUAGGAAGUUCCAAGAGAUCGGAGAGAUGACGGGUCGCCGAAACAUAGAGAAUGCAACAAGUUACGCUGCUGCACAAAGGCUUAGCAUCCGGACUGGAUUCUGCAUCCCCUCCACUUGCUCCGCAGAGGAGGGAAAUUUCCUCGUCUCAUCCAUCGUUCGCCCGUACGGUGUCAACACCAGCGUUGAACUGUGCAGGACAAAUGAUCCGAAGCCCGUCGAACCUCACCAAGUGGCCGCCAUCGUCAUCCUCAGUGCUCUGGUCUCCGUGGUUCUGAUAGCGUCCUUGGUAGAAUGGCUGUUACCAUUGCGCAAUGCUGCCAACGAAAAGAACGCUACGUACGGCCUUCCUGUCGAGAUACUGCUGUGGUUCUCCGCCCUACGGAACACUCGUCGCCUCCUCAGGACGAAAUGUCGUCUGGAAAACGAACCUCUCCGCUUCAUUUCCGGGAUUAAGUUCCUGAUGGCCUCAUGGGUGGUCCUCGGUCACGCUUACAUCGUCACGAAAGUCGAGAUAUUUCAUACCUUGAAUGAACUAGCACGUAUGACAGAGGGUGUCAUGUUCCAGUUCAUCGUCAAUGCUUUCCUGAGCGUGUCUACCUUCCUUUACAUGAGUGGGUUCGUCAUGGCCUUCGCUGCCGCACCACAUCGAGCACAGAUCAUCAAGCGAAACGUCAUAUUCGUCUACAUCAGUCGAGUCUUUCAGCGUUAUCUGAGAUUAAUGCCUGCAGUGUUCGCUAUUAUUCUGGUGGCCAUGCUGGUUCCUCUUCUCAUGGACGGCCCCACGGACAGUGAAAUGUUCGCCGGACAGCUUUCGCACUGCAAGGAAAACUGGUGGAUGCAUGUGUCCCUCGCAUCCAACUUUUAUCCAUUGUAUGAUGUGUGCAUGCAACACUUAUGGUACGUGGACGUGGACGUACAGAUCCUGGUCGUGAUAGGUCUGCCACUGUUGCUGCUUACGGCCUGGUUCCCCAAAAUAGGCUUACUUCUCAGCGUCUUCGUCGGCUUGGGCUUUUCCGUGUACACCACCAUUCAGACCUACACGUGGCAUUACUUCUAUUCCUUCACAAGCGGGUCGACAGACGGAAGGCGUAUAGUAGACACGAUGAGUGCAGUCUACUACCGUCCAUUCUCUCACGUGGCUACCUACGUAUUGGGCCUCAUCGUCGGGCACAUGGCAGCCAAGCACAAGGGAGUGUCGCUACACCCGGUAUUGCGCGGUUUCUUGUGGAUAGCAUCCUUCACCCUAAACUUCGCCGUCAUUUUUGUGACACUGCCAUGGAACCGGGGCAACUUGCCCAAUGACACCGUGAACGCCCUCUAUGGAGGAUUCCAUCGUCUCUUGUGGAGUCUGGGCCUGAGCUGGCCCAUGUUUGCUUGCGCAACAGGGUGUGGAGGGAUCGUGAACAAAUUUCUCUCUUGGAAGUUGUUCAUACCAAUAGGCCGUCUUACCUACAGCCUUUACCUGACCCACUACUUUCUUUACGUGGUGCGACUGGGCAGACUCAGGACCCAAGAAAAUGCCGAUGUAUACUUCCAGGUAACGACAGCCGUCGGCGUGCUCGGCAUGGGAUUGUUCUUCGCCUACCUGCUGUACCUGUGCUGCGAGGCCCCAGCCAUGUUCCUGGAGAAACUCAUUUUUGAGCGGCGAAAGAACGACGAGAAACCCCGCCUCGACGAGAAGCCAAAGACAGCAGACGACAACUUCAACCACAUCGAGAAAUCUCGUCUUUGAAUGGAAAAGACGUUGACGUCAUUAGCCCCGCUCUCGAUGUAUGUCAGCCCUUCGUGAUCUCAUGCGCGUUUUAGGGUACUGCGGCGUCAAAAUGUACGAGCUAGACGUUGAUGCGGCAUUAAGUGGAGCCGUAGUAAACGUGCAGACAAGCAUUCGCACAAAAACAAAACAAAAAAAAAUGAAAAGAAAAAAAAUUACCACAGCGUUGGCGUAAUUUUCUGAGGAUUAGAGGAGGCCCAGCCUUUCAGUGCAUAGGGUGUCUCAACAAGGUUGUCAAAGAUUCUGAAGGUACUGUACAGUAGUAGAGAAAAGAUUUUAAAGGUACUUGGGUUUUAAAGGUACCCAGGUUAAGGGUACUUAGGCUUUAAAGGUCAAAAGAUUUUAAAGGUACUGUAAUGCAGCAGAGCAGCAAUCUCAGAUAAUUUAACUAUUCGAUAGCCUGAACCCUCGCGGUACUCUUACCUCACGAUUUUCGUCCCAACUGCGAUUUUUGUUUUUUUAGAAAAUUAAAUCUGAAAAUUAUAGGCAACACUGUGUCUAAGUCACCACUUACUGCGCGCUGCUCGUCAAGCAUGGCGGCAAAACUACAUUGCACGCGCAUAACACUGUGUCUAAAAAAAAAAAAAAAACGAAGUCGGGCACGUAGUCGUCAUGAGUCGUCGUCACUGGCUGCAAGCCAGUCGGGAACAUAGAUCACUGUUGCCCGACAAAGUAAGGAUUACUUCCCACCGGACGUCGCCCCGAGCCCGUUUUACCGCAAUUUUACCUGCAAAUUAAAAAUACUUAGAGUUCCCUGUCACAUGUAUAACUUGUUGUGCUGGGUUUACAAGCAACAAUCUGUUAAUCUACGCGGACAACGUAACCUGUCUGUCUGCUGCCUCGCGGUGCCUUGAAACCAACUGAACGUUGUUUGCAGUCAGGUCACGUCAUAUUUGUAAAGCCUCGGAAGUUGUGCACACGAAUUGCUCACUGUGCAUUAACUGUCGUGGUUUUCUCGAGGAUGUCUUGUGCGACGCUGAAGUCGAAACUUAUUUCAUCGGACAUAUUUAACGUACCCUCCUCCGUACAUUUCUAGUCGAACCCCGAUGACACCGCUCACUGCUAUAAUGGCAAGCCCGGAGCUGCCGUUUUUCACGUUUUGUGUACAUAUGAAAUAUUAGCGAUCUUUUUCACAGUCAUAUUUGUUUUCGAAUAGUAUGUCUUCUGUAUAAAAGUUCCUAUUCUGAAACAAGGCUGCGUGAUUUGAGCUAGUAGCAUAAAUUACGAAGUGUUUAAAUAAAAUUUACUUUUUGCACUUGA